GGUACUGAAGAUGUAGUCUCUCCUCAUGGUAUUCCUCUUGAUCUUCUGGACCGCGUAAUGAUUAUUCGCACCCUACCUUAUUCUUAUGAUGAGGUUAUCCAAAUUCUCCGUAUUCGUGCAAAGAUAGAAAGCAUUCAGGCCAGUGAGGAAGGCCUAAGUCGCUUGGCCACAAUUGCUACAGAUAAUACAUUAAGAUAUGCAGUGCAACUCAUGACCCCUGCAUCGCGGCUUGCUAAGCUCUCAGAGAAAGAAUCCGUCGACAUUGAACAGAUUGAUGAAGUAGCUUCUCUAUUUUUAAAUGCAAAACAAUCGGCCAAAUUAUUGGCAGAACACGAUUCUCAAUAUAUGAAAUGA